CUCCCUCUCUUGCUUUGAGCCUGAGAGUGAGUGAUAGAGAGAGAGAGGCUUUUUUAUUUUGACUCCUCAGUCAUCACCUACCUAUUUCUUCUAGGCUAUCUGACACCAGACUCACCACCACCAAAAUCUCUGCUAAAAUCUAGCAAAAUAUGUUUGCCUAGGCCUCUCCAUGUUUCAAGACUUUUGGGUCCAUGGAGCACUGAGUCACUGACCAAUCCUCUUUUUCAUAUUGCAAAAGAAAUGUUGAGCUAGUCUCUGAUAAAAUCCUGUUGCAAAAGAAAUGUUGAGUACUAAAAAAGCAAUUUGGUUUGAGUGUAUGACUGGCCUUGAAGCUUUUUUUUAAGAACCAAUAUUUACACCUAAUUAGUUUUUGUCUCAUCUCUGACAAACCCAUCUGUCUUCUAUGAUGUCUUUCUCAUCUCACCAAAGGCAUAGCUAUACUUCAAUCAGUUAACAACAUAAUGUGAUUCUCUACAACUUUCCCAAAACCACCUUUCUGCAAUUCUGCCACAUUAACUCGCACUCGAAACCUCCAUAUUUUGGCAGAACCCACCCUUUGUUUCAGAAACAACAAAAAAAAAACCAAACCACUUGCUCUUAAUUUGUGCCAAAAGAGUUAAACACAUUAUUGGGUACUCUAAAGUCUUGCCAAAACAUAAACUUUCUGCCACAACACACAAAACCUUCAUCUUUUCUUUUGGCAGAACCUGCCUUUGUUUCAUAAACAACAAAAAACUAAUAAACCACUAGCUGUUUGUGCCAAAAGAGUUAUACACAUUAUUGGGCACUCAAAACUCUUACCAAAACACAAAACUUCUUGAGUUUUUAGAUAGAGAUGGGUUGUGUUGUGUCUAGGAAAGAUGAAGAAGACGAUGUUGUGUCUAUCUGUAAAGACAGAAAACGCCUCAUAAAAUUGGCGGUGGAGAGGAGGUAUGCUCUUGCAGAUGCACAGUGCAAGUAUAAUCACUCGCUUUGUGCUGUAUCAGCAGCUAUAAGGCUGUUUGUUGCUCGGCAUUCAGGUUCAUCUUCUUCAUUUCUCAUCACUUUUCCUUCUUCUUCUGAGACUACUGAGACCCUUAUCUCCAACCCCAUGUUCCUUCAACAAAGACCAUCUGAACCCACCCAUGAAACCAUUUCAUGUCCCACCUCAGAUUCUACAGCUUUUUUGGACUCUACUAUUAAGAUAGUAAGUGAAAAACAAGACCAAGAAGAUAUUGGUGACAAUGAGGUUGAGGAUGAAGAAGAAGAAGACGGAGAUGUGGUUUGUGAGCAUUUUUUCGAUGAGGUGGCUCAGCCAGUGGCAGGUGUACACAAAGAUUCUGGUUGGGAUUUCUUCAGUCUGUUUGAUGGAGUGAGAACACAAGUGGAGAAUGAGUUUAGUUCUGAGGAGGAUCUGAGGGUGGUGAGAGAGGAAGAAGGGAUUCCAGAGUUGGAAGAGGAUGGAGAAAGAGGAAUGAUGAGUGAGAGAAAGGUUGAGGAUUUGAAUAAUGAUGAAGUAGAUCAUGAGGAGGGUGGUGAGGUUGAGUCUCUGACAGAAGGGGACGAUGUUAAUGUGAGCCAAGAGGAGCACAAAAGUUUUAGAGUGAUUGAUACACCCACUGAUGGGAGGGAAUUGUUGGAGGCAUUGAAGGAUGUUGAAGACCAUUUUAUCAGAGCUUAUGAUUCUGGUUUGGAAGUUUCUAGGAUGCUGGAGACCAAUAGAGUUCCAGUGCUGUCUGGUUUGGAGGAAAUAAAAGAGAGCUCAACUAAGCUCAUUCGGUCAAUUACAUUGAAUCGAUCCACCUCAUCUCGGUCUUCCUCAUGUAAAAGUCUCCUCUCAUGUAGCUCCAAAAGUUCUUCAACAUGGACAGAAUUAAAGAGUGAUUUAUUUGAUGACUAUGGAGGAAUGGAAUCUGGAAGCCAUUCGCUAACACUAGAAAGGUUAUAUGCUUGGGAGAAGAAACUCUACGAGGAGGUGAAGGCUGGAGAUGAGAACAAGAAAAUUUAUGAGCGAAAAUGCUCUAAUUUGAGGAACCAGAAUGCCAGAGAAGAUGGAAUCUGCUCUGGGGACAAGACAAGAGUUGAAGUAAAAGACUUGCAUGCAAGGAUCUUGGUUGCAAUACGAAGUGCAGAAUCAAUCUCCCAAAGAAUCGAAAAACUGAGAGACGAAGAGUUGCAGCCACAACUUUUAGAGCUAAUAAAUGGCCUAAUGCAACACUGGAAGAUAAUGGUGGAAUCAUAUGAAACUCAAAACCGAAUCAUGUGUGAGGUUAAAUCUUUCAACUGUCCUGCCUAUGGAAAAUUUUGCAUAGACUCUCACCAUCUUGCAACCCUUCAGCUCGAAGCAGAAGUUCAAAAUUGGCGCACUUGCUUUACUGCAUAUGUUUCUGCUCAGAAGGCAUAUAUUGAAGCUCUUGAUGGUUGGCUAUCCAAGUUCAUUGCCCCUGAAGAGGAAUUAUACUCCAGAGGCAGGUCUUCAGUCCCACGGCCUAUUUUCAGUGGGCCACCGUUGCUUGUAAUCUGUCGUAAUUGGUUAGCUUUCCUGGAGAAGUUGCCAGAAAAAGCAGUGACUCAUACCAUGAAAAGCUUUGAGAAGGAUAUUCGAGCUUUGUGGGUUCAACAAGGAGAGGAACAGCACCAGAAAAGGAAGGUUGAUGGACUUGCCAGCGAACUUGACAGGAAGGUCCUGGCAUUCCAGCGGGCAGAGAGCAGAAUUCUUGAAUCAAAGCUUCAUGAGCAUGAAUCACAGGCAAAUGUACGUAGUCGGAUUGAAUACUUGACAGAGAAGAAAGCCAUGUUGGAUAUGUUUAGGAAGAGGCUAGACAUGGAGAAAGAAAAGCACCAUAAUAGCUUGCAAGUUACGCAGCAUGUCACUGUAAAUGGAUUUCCAACUGGAUUUUCUUCUGUUUUCGAGUCCUUGCUUGGGUUUUCAAAGGCUUCUGAGAAAAUGUAUGCUGAUCUUUUGGCAUUCGGCAAAAAUGCAAAGGUCUUAGAUGAAGAGGUGAGCAAAUAACUUAGUAUACAACGAAGAGGAAUGGACUUUGAGCACUGGAGUUAAAAGUCAACAGUGUGUAAAGAAAGCUGGAAAAUGGUUUCGAGGAUGUUAGUAUUGUUAAUUGUCAAAAUGUAUAUUUGGUUAGGCUCUGGAGAUGCAAGAAUGAGUUAGUACCAUUUUCUCCAAAAAUAGUAAAUUCACAACUAAUAAUGGCAACUUCUAUUAUCUUGUA